AUGGAGAGACAGCAGUGUAAUACACUUCAAAACUUUGAUGACCCGAAAACAGAAAUUUUAAAAAAGAGACUAUUAAAGGCGAGCAGCACCUCGGCGAGCAGUAACUUAUCUCAAAGUAACUCCCAUAAUGUGCUAUUAAACACGUUACGCGCGCCAAGCUCGAGCAGUAUGAUCGUAUCCUCGGUGCAAGCGCCACAAAACUCAAUGCCAAUUACUCACAAUCUUGUGACACAUUCUAUAGCCCCCGUCAAAAUACACACUAACAAUUCCCCGUACCCCUUGCAGCUUUCUACGGUCCAUGUGCCUGUUCAGAUACCAGGUUCCACUUCUAACAUAAAUGUCCCUGUUCAGCUAUCUACCACUACUACUAGCAUGCCUCUUCAAAUAGCCCCGGUUAGUCUCCCUCUGCAAGUUUCUGGUACUACCAGUGUCCCCGUACAACUGCCAGCGGGAGAUACUAUCAAUGUACCGUUGCAGAUCCCAGCCUCUAACCAAAACAUUCAGUUGGGUGGCUCCAGCCUGCCGUCUAUGCCUCUUCUUCAAACCACCACCCAGCCCCUUCAUAGCUCAAUAAUUCAUGUACAUAUGGGUAACCGAGAUGGUACAGACAUGAAUCUAUCAAACACACAGAUCCAAAUGCCAGAUUCUGUUAAAAUGAACAUCCCAACGUCCGUAGCUCAGAUGCAAAUGGGAUCAAAUUCUGUGAUGCAGAUACCUAACUCAUCCAAUAACUCAAUACAACUCGCUCUGCCCAACUCUGGGAACACUGCCCCGGUUACAUUACGAGGUGCUGCCAGAAGUGUUCCUCAUGUUGUUUACAUUCAGACGCCGACAGGAUUGAAACCUGUGACCAGUACCGAAGUCAUAAGCCAGGCCAGCACCAGCGGCAACCCACCACAGAUCAUUGUUCGGAGACCUGUACCAAACAACUCAAACAUACAUUUAAUAUCAAAUGUAAGCACUAAGCCUAACAUUGCCCCCAAAGUGGCAGGUCAAAACAAGUCUUCUAUCUUAGCUCCAGCCAACACGGCCCAACCUAUAGUCAUCCAGAAACCUAAAGCCACGGAUAAAAUGAUGGUGCCCGUCAGUAUAGCUCCCGGAGGACAACCCAAACAAGCCAUAGCCUACCUCAGCUCCGUCAAAAAACCCACCAAGAAUAUAUCUGAGAACCAAUCCAUCCUAAUAUCUAGUAAUCAAAGUAAUGUGAAUUCAAAUAAUCAAAAAUUAUAUCUUACACCAAUGAAUGUUCCUAAAACACAGAAUACUAAAUUUAUUUUACCCGUUACUUUACCAGCGACCAUGGCAUCCAAGGGGCCCAUAAUAAAUCUCCAGAUAGCCAACGGCCAGAUACAGAAUGACCCGCAAGGAAACAUCACCGUCAUGAGGGACACGAGCCUGGACGCGGCCGACAUGCCGCCGCUCCAGCCCCUGGCUAAGAUCAUAGCCCUCAACGGCAAGGACAGCUGCGUGCCCCGCAGCCCCAACACGGACAACGGGUUCACGCUCUCCAUCCCCGGCUCCAGGGCCGAGCCCACGGGCGAGCAGGGCGAGUACACGCUCUCCAUACCGGAGACCAACGGCUCCUUGAAUGACGACAUAUACACGGUGUCCAUCGACGACGAGGACGGACACCCCCGGGAGCAGUCCUUCACGCUGGCCAUCCCCGAGAAGGGCAAGAGUCUGCUCAACAGGACGGACGUGGGCCCGCUCACCACCGCCGCGCCCGCCAUCCUGCGCCGCUCCAACUCCGAUAACAGCGACCGGAAGACGGUCCACGCCAACGUGAAGCGGCGGGUGUCGCUCUGCACCGACAACACCUCCACCAAGAGCUUCAAGUUCCCAACGCCGCAGCACCGGCCCGCCAGGACGGAGGAGCGAGGGGACGGGGAGCUCAACGACGACCACCGCGUGCCCUCGCUGUUCUGUGACGAGAAGCUGGACAAGGACCUGGAGGCCAAGGGCAACCUGGGGGACUCCGACCCCGACGACAAGGGGGACGACAACACCAACAACCUCGUCUACUACCAGAAGAUGAACGCGUUUGACAUGGACGACACGCGGGCCAAGGAGUACAGCGACCCCACCGACGAACAGCUGCCCGGCCUGCUGUGGAACAACGGGAUAGCGCAGCUGAGAGGCAGCAACCUGCACUUCCGGGCCAACGAGUUCGACCUGAUCGACCUCGUGGACGAGAAGACUCAGAGUGUACUGGUGAACUCCACCGUGAAGUAUCACACGCCGCUCAAACAACGGAUGGAGAGGAACAGGGACAAGAAGCCCACCUCCCCCGAGGACCUGUACCGCUGUGACGGCUGCGGCUGUCACGGGAUGGCCGCCGAGUUCAUCACGCCCAACUUCUGUAGCUCCACCUGCCAGAGCGACGUGCAGAAGGUCACCCAGAAGAGGAAGGACAAGGAGAGAGCGGAACUGUCCAAGAAACGAAACAAAAUGAAGAAGUUACUCAUGAGGAAACAACUGUCCGACUCGGAACUCACGCAGGAGGGAAGAGACGAGAAGGUGGAGCUGAAGCGGUACGACUCGUUGAACAGUGACCUGCAGAUACCCGAGGCGACCCUCGUGAAGAUGAGCGAGGAGCUGGCCGACGACGACAAGUACCCUUGGAUGUGCGGCAAGAACGGCUUCUCGUGGAUGAGGUACCUGGACGUGUGCAAGGCCAAGGCGGCGCCCGUCAAGCUGUUCAGGGACCCCUUCCCCUACAACAAGAACGGCUUCAAGGUGGGCAUGCGGCUGGAGGCCGUGGACCCCGAGCACCCCGCGCUGUUCUGCGUGGUGUCGGUGGCCGAGGUGCAGGGCUACCGCAUGAGGCUGCACUUCGAUGGCUACCCGGACUCGUUCGACUUCUGGGCCAACGCGGACUCGGCGGACAUCUUCCCGGCCGGCUGGUGCGAGCGGAACGGCCGCAGCCUGCAGCCGCCGGGGGGCUACGAGGCCGCGUCGUUCUCGUGGCCGCUGUACUUGAAGCGCGUGCGGGCGGCGGCGGCGCCCCGCCAGCUGUUCGUGCAGGCGGCGCCGGGCGCGCGGCCCGCCGGCUUCCGCGUGGGCAUGAAGCUGGAGGCCGAGGACCGCGAGCACGGCAUGCUGUGCGCCGCCACCGUGGCCGACGUGCGGGACAGGAGGCUGCUCGUGCACUUCGACUCGUGGGACGACGCCUACGACUGCUGGCUGGACCCCGCCUCGCCCUACAUACACCCCGUGGGCUGGGCCGACCAGAACGGGAUCCAGAUCACCCCGCCCAACUACUACAAGGAGUGUGAGUCAUUCUCAUGGGAGUCGUACUUGGCGGAGACCAUGUCGUGUGCGGUGCCGGCGAGGGCCUUCAAACCUCGCCCGCCGGUGCCCUUCAAACCUGGCAUGAAGCUGGAGGUCGUCGAUAGAAGGGUACCGUUCCUGAUCCGCGUGGCGACCAUCAGCGCGGUGAAGGAGCACCAGGUGCGCGUGUCCUUCGACGGCUGGCCGGACGAGCUGUCCUGCUGGCUGGACGACGACUCGCCCGACCUGCACCCCGUGGGCUGGUGCCUCAAGACCGGACACCCGCUGGAGCCGCCGCUCACGGCAGAAGAGCUCCGUAUCCCCGGGCCGUGUGGCGUCGGCGGAUGUCGCGGCCUGGGCUCCGUCCACGGCGGGGGGCUCAAGCAACACGCCGCCGCCUCCGCCUGCCCCUACCGCGGACAACCGCCGCCCAGACCUGACAGGCUGCAACCACCUACACCCGUCCGCAGAGCUUUAAGCAAGUCCAAAUCAAUAUCCACCAGCACUCCAACCAGCGACGCGCCCAAAGAGAAAUUACCGCGCGGCCGUCCGCCCAAACACAAGAGGGUAGAAGCUGUCACCAAGAACGAUCCCGUGUCGGACGACGAGUCUCUAUCCAGCGGGGGCUGCAAGCGGUGGCGCGGCAGCUACAGCGAGGACACGCGGGCGCUCCGCUCGGCCUCCUCGCGCCGGCCCCCCUCCACACAGUCCUCGCACCAGCUGCCCCCGCACCCCGCGCCCUCCCGCGCGCUCCUCGCCCGCCACGUGGCCGACCUGGACCUGCCCGCAGACCCCAGCACCUGGACACAGGUUCAUAUACACCUCACUACUGAUACGGUCAACGAUCACGAUCACGAUUGCUGA